AUGGAUACUCAAAACAACCCCGUCACACCCAGGAUAACCCACGCGCGGAAGGCGCCCGGAAGCACCAACAUUCUCAAGAAUCUGAAAGAGAGAUUGCGCGGAGACCGGGCCAAGUCUCGCGGCUCCCUCUCCUCGUCGGCUGCGCCUUCCCCCGUUAGCACAAAGGACAGGCGCACCCCCGAUCGGUCUUUCGCCCCUUCGCCAAUCGAGUCGCCAAUCAAAAGCCCAUUGGAGCAUUCGCGGGUAUCGCUACCCAUGUCGCCUCCUCCCAGACCAGCAUCUGCAGGUCUUGCCCCUCAUACUGGGGAUACGCAAGUAUCCGCCUCCCAGAGCCUUGAUGGACUACUGUCCAUACGAGAGAUACCGCUGACAUUUGCGGUCGAUGUCUCCGGGAGCACAACUGGACGAAUCCUGCGCCAGGAACAGGACGCUAUUCUCGCGGUCUCUGCGAAUUCCCAGUCACACGACCUGGUCUCGCGGUCGACGAUACUUCCUUGGUCUCACAAGAGCCACCCUCCCAGGAAUCUAGCAACCGUUGAGAGUCUGACUUCUGGCGGAGGAACUGAUCCAGGAGCGCUACUGGAGAAUGCCGCCUGUAAAGCGCGAUUGCGAAACUCCGGUCUUUGGUUCCUUCUGACAGAUGGUCAGAUUGACGAACCGCUAGUUCACAGAUUCGCCAAUGCCAUACCGGAAGCUGGCAUCCACGGCACCGCUUGCGUGAUCGUUCUGUUUGGCUACACUGCCGCAUCCCCGUUCGACUGCAAUGUUUCAGUCGGCAUGUCCGUGUUUGCUGUCGCUCCACAUUGUAUCUUUCUGUUCCAUGAUGUCAGGACUGGCCUGGUAUACGUCUUCCAGGCCAAGGGAUGCUUCGCCAAUAUGCUGUCCGAAGACAGACAGUUCUCAGUGUUUGGAAAACGAACAGCCUGGGAAGACUUAGCGACCAUCACCUACGAGAGCCUGUCCAGCGUCCGAGUCCCCGCACCAACAGAGCUGCCCCGGGAUACAGUCCUGCUCCCCGACGGGCGACACUUCGAUCUGCGAGAUAUUUACAACGACACGGUCUCCGAGGCCGACAAGCUUGAUCUCCUGUCGGACUAUUCUGCCUUGGAUGUUAUAAUCCUCGCGGCAAAGACCAGGGGCCAAGAUGAGCUCGUGAAGGACUGGAUUGCAAAGUCUCGGUCUGUGACAGUCUCCAAGGAUUCCAGGUUUUUGCAACGUGACGAUAUAGGCGGCGCCGCCAAAAGCACCCUCCUUUCCCUGGUAAACGUAGUUAUAAAGCCGGAGAUACUUGGCACUCAGCCAGAUCAGUUUUGGCAGGCCCUCUAUGCUUCCGAUACAUCUCCAGCCGCUCACGCCAUUAAGUCGAGACUCCGCCACCUACAUUCAGCCAACUGGAGUCAAUUUCUGGUCAGGGUGGAAACUGAGUGCGACUUGCCCACAAAGAUGAACCAAGUAUUCGAUGAUGUUUUGACGACAAUGAACAUUUUUGCCAGGCAUCCCGUGUCCCCAAGCCUCCUAACCCCCAUGACAUCUCCCGACGUCGAUGAUACUGCAUUUGAGCCAGCCGAACAUGUCAAGAGAAGCAGCCCCUUGGCCCGCAAGGAUCACCCAUUGUCAGAUCCCACAUCGCCAUAUCCUCCGCCUCGUUCCCAUCCCAGCUUUGUCGGGCGUGACCUUCUUUUCCUGCCGGGAUACAGAGGCAACAGAGUCGCCCCAGCCCAGAUGAACGAUUCUCCAAGUUACCAAACGUGUCCGAUCUGUGGGCAAUCCAAUUCUAUCCAGUGCCUCCUUUUGCAGAUCAACCGCGAGGCCAGCAGCACCCCUCACUUCCCCCAGAUCAACAGCAAGGCCAGACACAAAUACCCAUUGGUUCUGGGCAACUACCCGGAGACGGAUGUCAUACUUCCGCUGACAGCCUGUGACGCUUGCGCCUUCGUCCUACUCCAAGUCGAGGGGCUCCCAAACGGUGAGCGCGUAGACGCUGCACUUCCUCUGAUUUCACCGCGCGACGAGAAUAAUCGCCGGCAAUGGCUUCAGACCCUCAAUAAAGUAUACCAGCAUCGCUUCCACGAAGGCAUUACCCUCCUCGUCUUUCUCUCCUCGCUCUGCUCCACAAUCGAAGACCUGUUCGAGAGCCAUCCCUCCGCCGCCAACUUCCUAGAGUGCCUACAGUGGUGCUGUAGAGAAGUCAGCGAGCUCGAUGGUAUACCCAGAACGGCGGGCAUCACACCUGUCGGUAGUCCGAUGUCUGAAUACGUCGACACGGGCGUAUCCUUCACGGAUGCACUGAUUCUGGCCUUUUGCCACCCAAACAGAAUGAUCUACCAGCUGCCUUUCCUCUCCUACCCAAUCGAAGGCUUCGUUGCCAUCGUCAGCCUCGCCAGCCAGGUGGAGGACAUCGAGCCAUUCCAAAUCGAGCUUUUCGCAUGGAAGCGGCUUCUUUACCACUUGGGCGAGCGGCAUCUGGCCAUACGCCAGCAAAUCGGGCCCAAUGAGUCCGAUGCGAAACUCCGAGGCAUUCUCUUUGAGCCAGCAAUAACCUCGCCUUUAUCGGGGACUUCGAGCAGCGCCAGCCCCAGCACCAGAGUUGGUCCGUCACCCAUCUUGUCCAUCUCCUUAGCGGUUCUAGGGGACUCCUACUUCCUCCCCGAGUCCUCCGGUGUCGCCAUCCAAUUUCAGCGCAUGGGUGACUACUUUGCCCCGAUUGAGACGACAGCUGACUACCAUGCCGCCUUGGCUGUCUUCCUUCAUACAUUGCUGCACGUGUCCUCUGUAUAUGAAAACGGUCUCCUCGACGCAGAGGGCCUCUUUACCCGCUUGCGGUACCGCGCGGACAAGGUGCAGCGGGCUGUUGAAGACUCGCACGACGUGUUUGAAGAACCGAAGCUUGUUGGCAGUGGUAAUGUGACAGCCCUGGUGGAGGAGGGGUAUAGUCUAAAUUGA